UUUAAUUUUCAUGGCGACGUUUUAGCUGAAGCGCUGCACACGCUGAUCCUCACACGUUUGGAAGCCGUGGAAAAGAGAAGUACGUCAGCUAAUGAAAAAAUCAUUUACUGGCAAUAACAACACAAUAAGUCGACAGGUGUGCCGGAGUUUGUUAGGCCAGGUCCACUCAACAAGAUUAGCCGAGAUCACUUGGUCCACUUGGAAAGUUUCUACCAUGGGCUUUAGGACUUAAAAGGUGGAGGAAUGUACACGACUGUGGUGAACUUGUUGGACCCAUAACCUCCCACUGCUGCUCGGCUCCAUUCAAAGAAGGAGAAGAGGACAUAUACAUAUAUAUUUACAUAUAUACACAUUUAAGAAAGAAAAAGAAGAGGAUUCGGUGUGAUGGAGUGGAGAGAACAGUCCACGGCUACCUGCCAGGACGCGUACGUGGAGGCUCAGAGGUGGAUAGAGGCCGUAACCAAGAAAACAUUUAAGGGCAAAGACUUCCGAUCUUCUCUGGAGAAUGGAGUUCUGCUGUGUGACCUGAUCAACAAGAUCAAGCCUGGCGUGGUGAAGAAGGUCAACAGGCUGCCAACACCCAUCGCCUGGCUGGACAACAUUAAUGUCUUCCUCAAAGCCUGUCUCAAGCUCGGACUAAAGGAGGCGCAGCUCUUUCACCCCGGAGACCUCCAGGACCUGUCGUCCAGAGUCACAGUCAAGGACGAAGAGACCAACCGCAGGCUUAGAAAUGUUGUGAUCACCGUUUACUGGCUGAGUAGACGAGCACAGAGCGAGCGUUCCUACAAUGGACCUUACUUGAAUUUCAAGGCGUUUGAGGGAUUGCUGGGCAUAGCACUUCACAAGGCUCUCCAAGACGGUCAGAAGGACGUAAGAGACAGCAGUUUUUCAGAUAACUGGUACUCGGAGCAGCCGCUAGGAGGAGGAGGAAGAGGAGGACACAGGAGAGACGACUCCCUGGACAGCUUGGACUCUCUGGGGUCACAACCUCAUAGCCUCUCAUCGGACGCCACCCUCAAAGGCAGCAGUGAGGGUUGUUGCAGCGACGCCGAGGCAGACGCAGCCUUCAAGAUGGCCGACAACAAAGAAUCGCUCCAGUACCGCCGCUCUCUAGUCGUCACGCCAAAGGUCAGCACCCAGUUCAACCAGUUCCUGCCCUCUAAGAACAAGACUUCAGGGUACGUGCCCGCUCCCCUGAGGAAGAAGCAGGCGGAUCGCAACAAUGACAACCGUCGCAGUUUGGUCAACCCGGUGUACGAGGACGAAGCCCCGCUAGCCAGACAACGGCAAACAUCAGACAGUUUCGACGGGAGCAAAUCAACAAGCGACAUCCAACAGGAAUCCUCGGCCGCCCGUCAGCUUCGAUAUGAAGAGCUGGCGAAAUAUCGCGAGCAGGUCAAGCAGACCGAGGACAAGUGGCAGGAUGACUUAAGCAAAUGGAAGAACCGACGCAGUAGCCUUAACUUUGACAUCAAGAGGAAGAAGGAGGAGAGGGAGAAGAUUGAGCAGGACACCUAUGGCAAUGACAGAAGGUCCAAGACCUUCAAGGAGAUGCAAGACGCCAGGGAAAACAGGCGAAACAGCAGCAUCGGCAGCCGCAUCUCGUCGCUCAGCUUUGACGACGACGGGGACGUAUUUAACAAACCAACCCCUCCCUCCCGAGAAGUUCUUAGCAGAAGCCACACUAUCGACACUCCUUUUGAGUCCUCCGACACAGCUGCACCUUCUCAGAAAGAGGAUAAUCCGCCGGCUGCUUAUCAGACACGGUUUAGGUCCUCGAAGCAGGAAUCUGACACGGUAGACAGCCCAGCAGGGACCACCACCAGCACCACCAGCACCAGCAGCACCAGCAGCCGCAGCACCAGUAACCGCACCUCAUUCUACAGACCCAAUCUUGCAGGAGCUGUAUCUUCUCAGAAAAGUUCAGUCUUCGAAAACAGCAACACUGCCAAAACCGAGAAGACUUCAAGCUUUGUCCCUGCUCCCAGAGUUCCACAAAAAGUGUCGGAACCAAAAAGCCCAGUCAAGGUGCAGCCCCCAUCCUUUGGUGCAACCUACAAACCAUCGCAGCCCAGCACUAUGGAUGUUAAUCGACCAAUUACUCCAACAAUAUCUCGGUUGUCCGCCUCCCUCCCAAGGAGCUACCAGAAACCGGACAGUGCACGCUUGACCUCAGUUGUUGCACCCAGACCAUUUGGCACCCAGUCAUCCCAUGUCGGAUCACUUACCAGGUCAUUCGCAUCAAAAGACUCCAGUAACCGCAUCAAUGGCGACGUCGCAGUUACCAAGACCUCGUCGGUCCCGAGCCGCUAUCGAGAGUUCAUUACCCCAGAAGACGAGGCUGAGUCACAGUCGAGCCCCGCCAACAGCAGUGACGAUGAGGAGGAUCAAAAAGAGUCUACCGGGAAGACCGUCACCAAAACAUCAAGCCUCUUAUCCGACCCGGUUCCGUUCAAGAGAGAAGUCCCUGCUAAGGAUGCCAGCCAGGACGAUUACUGCGAGAUGCGGAUUAGUCUGAACCAGAAGCCCAACAGCAGUCUAGACUUCGGUUUCAACACAAGGUGGGACUCGACUGGAGCCCACGUCGCGUCUGUUCAACCAGGCAGCCCAGCUGAGAUGUUCCAGUUGAAGCCUGGGGAUGAGGUGCUGACGGUGAACGGCCACCGGGUGGCAGACAUGAGCUAUCUGGACUGGAAGGCAGGCAUGGAGGAGGCUCUGCAGGAGGGCAGCCUGGUGAUGGAUGUGCGACGUUAUGGCCAGAACACAGCCUGGGACAGAGAUCUGCCUUCCCCGCCAUUUCAAAGCCAUAAGACCAUCAAUCUGACCACUACGGAUCAUCCCGUACUUGUAGGUUUCCCUGCUGCCAGCGGAACCAGCAAGUUGGAUUUCACCACGCGCCCCGACACAUCGGUGUCCAACAAGACUACCACCCACUCUGUGGUGGAUAUGGCUUUCAAUGGCGUAAGUGGCGGCUACCCCGGAGUGUCACUGACUACCAUGACUAACGACUCAGAACUCCUUUCUUCGAAAAACUUAAAACUGAGGUCAGAGUUUUUUGAGCAAGGUGGAGGAGACUUGGCAAUGCCAGAUAUACCUGUUCCAUCCAUCACUCCGUCUUCUAGAAGCUGGUCUUGGGAUCCAGAAGAAGAGCGCAGGAGGCAAGAGAAGUGGCAGAAGGAGCAGGAUCGCUUACUUCAGGAGAAAUAUAAGCGAGACCAAGAGAAACUGCAGGGGGAAUGGCUCAAGGCCCAGCAGGAGAUCUCCACCAGUGUGGCACAACAAGCGCCUAAUAGCCCACACUCGCUGAUAUCCUACUCGUCGUGGGAGGAGGAGGAGGAGAGGAAGAGGAAGGAGCAAAUGAUGGAGCCCCAGAGGCUGGAGGAGGAACGCCAAAGAAGGGAGGAGGAGAGGAUGAGUAGGGAGGAGGAGUUUGAGCGUCAAAGAAAGGAGGAGAGAAAGAGGAUGGAGGAAGACCUGGAGCAAAGAAGGGAGGAGGAGAGGUUGAGGAGGGAGGAGGAGUUUGGGCGUCAAAGAAAGGAGGAGGAAAGAAAGAGGAUGGAGGAAGACCUGGAGCGCCAAAGAAGGGAGGAGGAGUUUGAGCGUCAAAGAAAGGAUGAGGAAAGGAGAAAGAUGGAGGAAGACCUGGAGCGCCAAAGAAGGGAGGAGGAGAGGAUGAAGAGGAGGGAGGAGGAGUUUGAGCGCCAAAGAAGGGAGGAGGAAAGAAAGAGGAGGGAGGAAGACCUGGAGCGCCAAAGAAGGGAGGAGGAGUUUGAGCGCCAAAGAAGGGACGAAGAGAGAAAGAGGAGGGAGGAGGAUUUGGAGCGCCAAAGAAGGGAGACAGAGGCGGAGGAGGCGAGGAAGAGGAAAGAGAAGGCGGAAGAGGAGAGGAGGCAGAGGGAGGAGGAACUUCUGUGGCAGAGGAGGAAAGAGCUGGAGCAGGAGGAGCUGGGGAAGAGGCAGGCGGCCACCCAGGAGCAGCAGCGCCAGGAAAGAGUGAAGUCGUCUGAUCAAGAGGAAAGAUUUCAAAGAAAAGGUAUGCUCGCCAAACCGGGCGGCAUGAUCCAGUGGCUGCUGGAUGAGCAGGCCAGGAACUCACGAGACAGGCUGGCGCGGAGUCAGCGGGCUGUGGCCGAGCUGGAGAUGGAGAGGAGGAACCUCCUCAAUGUUAUGAGAUACAGGGAGCCUGAGAGAGUGACGGGCAGCGGACUGUUUGACGCCAGGGGUCUCCAACCGGCCUCACAGGCCGAGCUUCAGCGCCAGCAGCUCCUGGAUGACAUGAGGAAGAAGGCCCCCGUGGUGACGGACAACAGCUGGAUCCGUCAACGAUCCGGCCAGGACGACGUGCCAUCCAACCGCAGGGUUGGCUCUCUUGACAACCUGGAUAACCCCCACAACUCCUGGCGCUCGUCGUGGACACCCAGGAGCGACUCCCAUAUCCCAAAUUACUCCCGGCCGCACUCCGCCCUUUCCACUAGCGCUCCCUUUCACGGUGGCGGGGCCCCUAGGGCGCGGUCCGGCUCCAGCACCCUUCCCACUUCUCUUUGGGGCCCGUCAACGGGAGCGGCCCCCUGGUCCCAACAUUCACCGUCUUUUUCACCCUCCUCGCUGUCUCCCACCACCUCCCCAGAACCUGGUUCUGACACAGGUGGUCCUCGACAGCGCAGCAGGUCAGUGAGCGGUAAGAAAGUGUGUACUUUCUGUGACGCGGCGCUGGGGAAAGGAGCCGCCAUGAUCAUUGAGUCCUUGGGGCUGUGUUACCAUUUGACCUGUUUUAAGUGCUUCGACUGCCAUUCCGAGCUCGGUGGAUCGGAAGCCGGGGCAGAAGUUCGAAUCCGAAACAAACAGCUGUAUUGUAACUCAUGCUACACGCGAGUCAAAGGCGGCCAGCCCACCGCGAUGUAACGUGAGGGUCCUGCGGCGGAUCUACGAGGAGACCACGUGCUACAACAACCCGUGAGGCGGCACCUGAGGACCGGUAGCAUCGGGCUCUCAAACUUAAACAUUUCUGUCUUAAUUCGUCUUAAUUCCUGAGUUUUCAUACCUUUUGUCUUUUUCUGAGAGAGGUGAAAAUAACAAAGGAUGGAGGAUUUUUUUUGGGGGGGGGGCCUAAAUUAAAUAAAUACAAAGCCUAAUAAAUAUAACUGAUAAUUUGUUGAUUCAAAUGUGAAUUAAUUCACAACAUGGUGAAAUAUAAUGGACAAUAAUGGUAUAAUAUAUUCAAUAAAAAUAGAUUGGUAAAAACCUACAUAAUUAGUAGAUUAUAUUUAACAAUUUAGGUAAUUAUUUGACAAGUUAAUGUUUUUUUUUGCAAUUAUCUAAAUUAUUUAAACCAUUUAUAUAAGUAAAAUAUCUACAACCGGCAGUUAAAUUAAUUUAAAAACAUUUAAAUUAUUUUAGAUUGUAUUUCACCGUUUAAAUAAACCAAUACACAAUUUAAUUUAUUCUCACCAUUAUCUAUUUUACUGAUAUAUAAUUUACAUUUAUUAUCCAUGAACGAAAUAAAUAUGUUACUUGUGGCUAAUUUUAGAUCAUGUUUCACAAUUAUUCUGAAUUGUUUUAUUUUUCAAAAACACAUUUUCAUGUAUGUGAAAGGAAUGUGGGCCAUUUCACACAUGAUUUCACUUUUUAAAUAAUACAAUUAUUUAUUUAAUAAUCCAUUUAAAUGGCUUUGUAUUUAUUUGAUUUUGACACCCAAAAAAAUGGCAUAAAAGCAAAGACUUGUUAGAUUUGAAUUUGUAAGAUGAAGCUGUACAAAAAAGGGUUCUUCUGCAUGCGCCGCUGGUUUAAAUUAUCCAUUAUUAAAUAUUUCCGGAAAUAUUUUUGGGGGAUCAUUAUUUCCAACUCAGACUGGAUCAUCUUUUAUUCUUUUCAUUGUAUUUUCUUUGUUUUGAUUAUUACCGCUUUCCUCGUGGUGGUGUUAAACCUUCUGUAAUGUACCUUUAUGUCUGCAACAGGGAGACAUAAUAAUGCAUUGUGUGCUUAUUAGCCAGGCUGUAUUUAAUAAUAAAAUGAACAUUAUGCUGUCUUGUGAAGAAUAUAUGAUACUAAAUGGCAGAUGGAGAUAAAAAUGUAAAUAAAAACGCUAAUCUUCGAA